UUAUAGUUAUGUAUCUUGUAGAUUUGAAAAGCAAUGGGGUAGAAGCAAAAAAGAAGGGGGAUCAAAUUGAAGAUGAUUUGGAGCUGGAAAGGCAACUCAAGAUUCUAAAUGUGCCUCCUCUCAAGACCAUUAGAACAAAAGAGGGUGAUAUCCUUGAUUGUGUUGAUUUCUUCAAGCAACCUGCUUUUAGUCAUCCAUUGCUUAAAGAUCACAAAAUCCAGAUGAAACCUAGUUUUUUCCCGAAAGGAGAGGCAAAUAAUACUUCGUCAGCAACUGAACCUUUGCAAAUUAUAUUAAGGCGCGAAAAAUGUCCCCAAGGAACAGUUCCAAUUCGAAGGACUACAAAAGAAGAUCUUUUAUGGGCUAGAGCUUUAUCAAGAGAAUUCUCUACUAAUAUUAGCCAAAGCAAGAGACACAUCCCUGGACAAUUUGUAAGUAAUAACCAACUUAUAAUGUCAAUAAUUCAUGAAUUAACUAAGACUUAUCCUAGCUAA